GCAGGCCUCACUGAGCCAUCGGAUUUCAUCAAAAACAUCUUAAUUUGUGUUCCGAAGAUGAACGAAGGUCUUACGGGUGUGGAACUGCAUGAGGGAGUCUCAAUCAACUCACAAGCAGUUACAAUGGACUGCCCCAGUGAGGAUGACGAAUUUGAAGAUGCUAGUGAAUACCUUGAUGACAAACAAACAUUUACAUCAGGGGCAUGUGCUGAGUCAUAUGAAAAGGAAGACGCCUCCAAGUUACAAGAUGUUCCCGCACCAAGUGAAAUUUUAGUGCAGCUUAUUGGGACCAGUUCUGUUACUCUUGCUUGGGAUAGCCCAGACAACAUAUCUACAUUUGAGUUAAGCUACAAUGAUAUCACAACUACAAAGACCUCUACUAUCACAAAUGGCACAACCACAGAGGUGGAAGACCUAUGUCCAGGGACUCAAUACACUUUCACCCUUGUUUCAAUAUCAGACAAUGGAGAACGAAGUGUGGGAGUUGAAGUGACUGCAUGCACCAGGCCAGUCCCGCCUGAAAACUUCAAGGUUGAGAGAGUGGGCACAACAUCAGUUACUCUUAUUUGGGAUGCAUCUGGCUGUGAGGAGAACAAGUUUCAUGUUGCUUGCAGCCAGAAUGGAGGAAUCAUUCAGGAAGAGAUAACAGAAUCAAGAACUGUGGUUUUCAAUGAUCUGAGUCCUGGAAAGAAGUACUCUUUUAACAUUACAAAAGUGCUUCCAAAUGGCAACAGAAGCAAAGAAGCAGUCACAUAUGCUCAAACCAAAACAAACAUCCAGAGCCUUUUACAUGAUUUGGGGUUGGAGCAGUACUACCCGAACAAACUCUCACUCAGUAAAGUGCUACAGAUUGACACGAGGUCAGUGACAGAUGAGCCAGCCCAGUCUCUAUCAUCUUUGCCAUGGCUGUUCCUGAAGAAACUGAUGAUGGUGAAUGUGACUGCAAGAAGUGUCAAAUAUUCAUCAGAUGAGAAUGAGGAUUUGCAAAGCUUAGAUAUUUACGAUGAUACAUUUGAUUUUCUGAAUGAUCAGAACAGCAGUGUAAACCCUUUAGAUAUAGUGACUGCUCUCUUUCUUUGUGCAGAUGGUUUCCUCCAACAGGAAAUGGUCUCAAAAAUGUCAAUGUGUCAGUUCUCUGUUCCUUUACUUCUUCCAAAGUGUGACACGCAGCAGUGCAUGUACAUGCUUUGGGCCAUGAGAGAUAUUAUGAAAAAAUUUAGACCUCAUUCCUUGUCAGACCCAAAAGGUUUUGUGGAGGACAGAAUUGUUCACUCUGAGCUCCCCCUAGUGUCCUUUGUUAGACUUGGUGACUGCAGCAUUUCUAAAUCUCAGAUCUUAAACAAAUUGCUGAGUAACCCCCAACAAUAUCAUGACACUUUUGUACAUCGUGACAUGGACUGCGGAGACAUUCCAAGAAAGGUAUCUAAUGGAUUAGUGGAGAUGGGUUGGUAUCUACCUUGUGGAAACAAAAACAUUGAUGUUUUUCCUGAACCUGUGGCUGUUGCAAACUUGAGAGGUGACAUCAGGACAUUUGAAACACAGUACUCCUUCCUAUGCCAGACCUCCACUGCAGUUUUUGUGUUCUUUGAUAAUCUGGACACAAACUACAAGUUACUCACCAACCAACAUGCUAAAGCACAGUUUUUUUUAGUGGGAAAUAUGCAAAGUAAAGCAGUUGAUUUGGAGCAGCUGAAAAGGACCGCAUCUGAAAUGAGUUUGAAGAAGAACAACAUAAUUCUGAAGACCAAUCAAAAUGAUGCAAAUUUUGUCAAAAAUCUGCAUUCUGUAGUAAAUCACAUAAUUAAUAACCAUCCCAAAAAAGCAUGUCUGGAGGGAAUGGACACUAUAGCACAUGAACUUGGAAUUCAAGUUGAUGAAGACAUUCAAGAAUGUCAGGAAGCAAAAAUGAAUGCAUAUGCCUUAACAGAAGAAAUACAGGACACACUGCAGUUCAAAGAGGAUCAGCUUCCCCUUCAAGGUAAAAUCUGGAAAGAUUUAGCAAAACUGGAGAAAGAGGAAUGCAGACUCCGGAAAGCUGGUAAUCAGAACAUAGAGACAUACAAGAGUGAUCUCCAGAUUAAAAAAACUGAACUCAGGAAACAACAAAGUAAAUAUGAUAUCUCAGAGGCAAUGUCUUGCUUUGUUAAAGCACUAAGUUCGAGCCAGGAGAGGUCAUAUUUCUUGAAGUGGAUGCGGAUGAACCUUGACAAUCUCUCCCGAAUAAGCCUCUCUAGCCUCCGUGAGCAGUACAAGGAAAAGUGUCAGAAAUUUUCAGAAAACAAAGAGGAAAUCGCACAGCUUGACCAACAGAUCUCUAACAGUUCUUUAGGAAUAGAGCACUUCCUGCGUGAAAUGGGCCAACUCUAUGAGGCUGCAGUGUCACUUCCAGAAAACUUAGAGUCACGUCAACAAAUGCUACACCUACCCCGGCUAUGUGCUGAACUGAUGUUGAUGGCUUCCCUCUGGAACUGGUUGAUGGAGAUGCAUCAAAUAUUCCUCUCAGAUGGGUGAGCGAUGUGCUUCUGUAUCUGAACUCUUUGGUGCAGCCCAAUAAUAAAAUCAUGGUGGUCACAGUUUUAGGAGUCCAGAGCACAGGGAAGUCCACCUUGCUGAACACCAUGUUUGGAGUUCAGUUUGCCGUCAGCAGUGGAAGAUGCACCAGAGGAGCUUUUAUGCAGCUGAUCAAAGUCACAGAGGACAACAAGCAAGAACUUGGCUGUGAUUAUUUAGUGAUAAUUGACAC